AUGGAUUACACAGAUAUACUGCAUGAAGAGCGUGAGGGUGUUGCAACCAUCACCAUUAAUCGGCCGGAGGUAUACAACGCCUUUCGUCCACGGACUUGUGUCGAAUUGAUCAACGCGUUUCUAGACGCAGGAUGGAAUUCUGAUAUCGGCGCUAUUGUGUUAACCGGAGCCGGUCCAAAGGCAUUCUGCACAGGCGGUGACCAAUCUGAUCAUGAUGGCUCUUAUGGUGACAAAGACGCGCGCGGCACCAUCGGUAUGCCAGUUGAGGAACUUCACUCGGUACUGCGAGAUGUGCCGAAACCUGUUAUUGCUAAAGUGCGAGGCUACGCGAUUGGUGGCGGCAAUGUUCUCGCGACCAUUUGCGAUAUGACGCUUGCCGCGGACAGCGCGAUCUUUGGACAGGUCGGUCCAAAGAUGGGUUCAGUUGAUCCCGGGUUCGGCACUGCCUACCUGGCUCGGGUUGUUGGGGAGAAGAAAGCGCGGGAAAUCUGGUAUAUGUGCCGUCGCUAUUCAGCGACUGAGGCGCUUGAAAUGGGCCUAGUGAAUGCCAUUUUUCCUGAAGAAGAGCUGGACGCUGCAGUGGAUGCCUGGUGUGCGGAACUUGUGGAGCGCAGUCCUACGGCAAUUGCCAUAGCGAAGCGUUCUUUUAACGCGGAUAGCGACAACAUACGCGGUAUUGGUGGAUUAGGUAUGCAGGCGCUGAAACUCUAUUACGAUACAGCUGAGUCGAAAGAGGGUGUGCAAGCGUUGAACGAAAAACGGAACGGUUGGCGCCUGCCUAUCACCAACGUGAAGUCGAGGGCAAAGUGUGGUCCUGGAUUGAGCAGUUUGACCGCUGGGAUUAUCGUGGAAGAAAUUUCUCGCGGUGACAUUAACGUCGGCUACGUGCAGUUGCUGGCUUCACUCAUGGGAUCGAUCAUUGCGACGCACGCGACCCCGGAGAUUGCGCAACUUGCGGUACCCAGAAUAUGUUCAGGCGAAUCGAUUGUUGCUCUGGGUCUGACCGAGCCUCGCGGUGGGUCGGAUGCCGCGCACUUAACGGUGCGGGCGGACAAACAAGGUGAUGUCUAUGUCAUUUCCGGUGAGAAGACUUCGAUUUCAAUGGUCAAUCAGGCAGAUCAUAUUCUUUUGUUGGCGCGUACCAAUCAGAGCAAGGACGGCGCCGGUGGGGUGUCAGCAUUUUUUGUACCCAUGGACAAAGCCGGGAUUUCGUACGCUUGCUUUGACGAUGUAGGCUCAAAAGCAGUCGGUCGGGGUUCGGUACAUUUUGACAACGUUGAAAUAGAACCUGAAUAUCUCGUUGGAGAACAGGGCAAGGGAUUUGCGCAAGUGAUGCAGGGUUUUGACUAUUCCCGGGCGCUCAUAGGCUUACAGGUGCUGGGGCCUGCACUGCAGUCACUGGAGGAGACCUGGGCGUAUAGUACGCAACGCGAAGCGUUUGGAAAUCCUAUAGCGAAAUACCAGGGAGUGACCGAGCCCCUCGCCGAGAGCGAAACGUUACUCGAAGCUGCACGUUUGCUCUGUUACAAAACCUUAUGGCUUCGUGACAACAACUUGCCGCAUACGGCUGAAGCAGCGAUGUGCAAAUGGUGGGCGCCGGAAACCGCAUUUAAGGCGAUUCAUCGUUGCUUGUUGACCCACGGGCACAGCGGCUACAGUACCGACCUGCCUCACCAGCAACGCCUGCGCGACGUGAUGGGUUUGCAGAUUGGUGAUGGCACACAACAAAUUCAGAAGAUGAUUAUCGCGCGAGAAAAAGUGGGCCGGGUUGCGGCCCGUAAACUGUUCCGCUAUCUGGAUGAAAAGUCGACCAGCUUGUCAGAGAACAUCUAUCGCAACAGCGUGUCUGAUUACAUCUGCGAGGACCAGGCGAAGCUGGAACAGGAAUUGUUUUUCAGACGCUAUCCUCUGCUGGUGGGUCUAAGUGAUGAGAUUCGUCAGCCUGGAGAUUACCUGACAGAUGACUUUUCCGGUCUGCCAUUACUCGUCACGCGAGACGCAGACGGACAAGUGAAGGCGUUUAUGAACGUAUGCCGCCAUCGCGGUUCGCGCCUGGUGGUGGGGCGGGGAAGUGGCAAAAGUAAGUUCAGUUGUCCCUAUCACGCGUGGUGCUAUGGACUCGAUGGUGCCCUGAGUUCCAUACCUUUUGACUCUGCCUUUGAAGAUGUUGAUCGUGCGACGCAUGGCCUAAGAGCUUUGCCGGUCGUCGAAAGAUACGGCAUGGUCUGGGUGCUGCCGACACCUGAAUCGCCUUUGAAUAUAGAUGAACACCUCGCCGGAAUGGCGCAGGAUCUGGACGCUUUCGACUUCAGUACCUACAGUCACUUCGAAACCCGCACGUUGCAGGCCAACAUGAACUGGAAGCUGGUCGUAGACACAUUCCUGGAAACCUAUCACCUUAAUGUUCUACACAAACGUACGAUUGCCCCCAUUCUGCAUAGCAAUCUCGCUACUUUCGAUGCGAUGGGAGAUAACUUGCGGAUGAUUGCAGCGCGCAAAACUAUCUCGUCCUUGCGCGAGGCACCGGAAGCAGAGUGGGAUCUGGUCAAGCAUUCAGCCAUGGUGUAUGUCCUGUUCCCCAAUACGGUAGUGGUACAACAGGGGGAUCAUCUGGAAACCUGGCGUGUCUAUCCAGAUGGCAGGCCGAACAAGUCGAAGAUGCAUGUUUCGUUGUACACACCAGAACCAGCUGUAACAGAAAAAGCAAAGGCAUAUUGGAACAAGAACAUGGAUCUGUUGAUGGCAACAGUCCUGGAGGAGGAUUUCCCGCUGGCGCAAAACGCUCAGAAGGAUUUUUCCAGUGGUGCCCAGGAGGCCAUUACAUUUGGACGCAAUGAACCCGCCCUGGCGCACUUCCAUACGCGCAUUCGUGCGGCACUUGCUCGCGCUGGUCAAGAGCAGUUGGAUGCCAUGGAGACUGGGGUCAUCGGCUUGACCGAGGCGCUGACGACAGCGGACGAUGAUCCGCAAGUUCGGGUGGUGGUGAUUACGGGUGCAGGUGAAAGGGCAUUUUGCGCGGGCGCCGAUAUCAGUGGAUUUGAGUUCAGUACGGUUUAUGCCAAAAACUUUAUGAAUGAAGUGAUCGAUGUCCUGGCGGCACCGGAAAAUAUCUCGAAACCAGUCAUUGCUGCGGUAAAUGGCUUGGCGCUUGGCGGUGGCUGCGAAAUAGCCAUUGCCUGUGAUUUUGUUAUUGCCUCCGAGCAGGCACAGUUUGGCGUGCCGGAAAUCAAGCUUGGGUUGCUGCCUGGUUUCGCCAUUGUGCGACUCAAUGCAUUAGUUGGGCGUCAGAUGGCAAAGUAUCUCACCAUGCUUGGCGAGCCCAUUUCUGCUCAUGAGGCACAUGAGUUGGGACUCGUGCUGAGAAUCGUACCGCACGAUCAACUAUUGCAGCGCGCGUUUGAACUUGCCGAAAAGUUGGCAAAUCAGCCGCAAAUGGCGAUUCGUUACGCGAAAGAGAUAUUCAAUCGAGAACUGGGUGGGAGCGAUAUCAAUUAUGCAAAAAGCGUGAUGCCCUUUUUAUUUCUUGACGAUGAUGCACGAGAAGGAGUGGCUGCUUUUCGUGAGAAACGCGUAGAGGCAUUGUUUGCUGCGGCAAACACUGCGCAUGGUGCCGUCGAUGUGCUUGUUAAUAACGGAGAGUCCCGCGAGGCGGUAUAUGGGGGCAUGAAAGCAGCCGUUAACAGCUUUAUGAAGACCAUCGCAAAGGAGAACGGUCCUGAGUGUCAGCGGCGGCUAUUCCAUGAUUGGAUGAUCUGGCGCCCGGGUGGUCCGAUUCCAGAUGAAACGACGGCAGCAAGAUCUGCGAUCGCAGAUGCGGGUCUGACUCCUGCUGAUAUUGAUGGCAUGGUACCGCCGCCAAUUAUUACAACAUCGGAAGAGCUUGCGGCGAAUCUGGGUGUACCUGUUCUGCAUUACGCGGCGACCGUUCAUAUGGGUGGUGCAAGUCCAACUGCAGCCAUACAGAAUGCAUCUGUCGCAAUUGCCGCAGGUCUGGCCGAGACGGUACUGAUUGUGCUUGGAUGGAAUGGUUAUUCUGCUUUGCGCCCAAAACCUGGUCAGCCUCGCAGCCGGCCGAUAGGCAUAUCUGCCAUGUCGGCAACCAUGAAAGAUUUUUAUAUUCCGUUUGGCGUUAUGUUACCGGUACAAAUGUAUGCCUGGCUGGCUACACGCCAUAAAGAGCUUUUUCAAAUUCCGGAUGAAGCCACUGGUGAAGUCGCAGUUGCAUGCAGGAAACACGCGCAGCUUAAUGAGCGGGCAUUCAUGUAUGAUCGCUCUCUGUCGAUGGAGCAGUACCUGGACAGCCGCAUGGUUUCCGAUCCGUUUCGACUCAAUGACUGUUGUUUGGAGACCGAUGGGGCGUGUGCAAUCGUACUGACUUCGGCUGAGCGAGCCAAAGACCUGCCGCAUGAUCCUGUGUAUGUUAUGGCAGCCGCCGAAGGUCAUCCUUACCCUGCUGAUGAUAUUCCGUCUAGAGAGGAUCCAUUUAAAAUCGGGUUGAGCUAUGCGGUGUAUGACUGUUUCACCUAUGUCGUCCUAUUGCAGUUAGUUGAGGGUGCAGAAAUUGGGCUGGUCACGGGAUGGGGAGACCUGGGUGAUGGCAGCAUAGCGUUGUUGGUAAAGCACUUCACAGUGGUACGUUUUCACAUCAGGGUGACUUUUGGCAAUUUCCGCUGGUGGGGUAUGUUAAUCCUCAUGAGCAUCCGCACUGCUAAGUUCUGGGCUAAGUAUAAGGGUCGUCCCAUUGUUCUUGCGGACGAUAGAGAUUUUCUGCAAGCGCUGUGGCGGGAGUGGGAAGAGGAAGCCAAAUUGCACGGGCACGAUGUACACCCGGGUGAACAAGCCUGUUGGGGACAUGGCUUGGUUCUGGAAAACCUGGGCCAGCCCAUUUGGUCAAGGCGUGCCACAACUGCUGAUCUGGUUAAUUUCAUCAACACCACGGGCAUGGUUGAAGUUCUCUUUACAGAUGUAGAGUACGCCAAGACACAUGCGCCACAGGGUGGGCGGUUGGUGCCGGGGGCUCUGGUCUACGCUGUAGCGGAAGGCCGCUGCAUUGCUCACGAGUUGGCCAGCGUCGGUGCCACAGUUCUAAUUGUUGGUCGUACAGCAGCCAAGCUGGAAAGUGUUGUUGAUGAGAUUGAGCAAGACGGAGGCGAGGCGGAGUUCCUGGUUUGUGAUGUGCGGGACGAAGAAAUGGUUGAGUCCGUGAUCAAUCAGUUUGUUCUGUCAGCACCUGUAGACGGGCUUGUUAACUGUGCGGGGGGACAAUUUCCGGCUCUGCUUGAGGAAAUGUCAGUAAAGGGUUUCGAAGCGGUUGUGCGCAAUAAUCUAACUUCUGCAUUUGUCGUUUCCAAGAUUUUGUAUGAGGCAUGCCUUCGCCGUCGUGGCGGUGUGAUUGUCAACAUUACGGCAGAUCAUGUUGGUGGUAUGCCAUUGAUGGGCCACAGUGGAGCGGCACGAGCCGGGGUGGAAAAUCUCACUGCCACGGCGGCGCUGGAGUGGGCUGAAAACGGGGUGCGCGUAAAUGCGGUUGCGCCGGGUUACAUUGAGUCAAGUGGCUUUGACACCUAUACAGAUGAGCGAAUGAUCGCUGCGUUAAAGUCGUUUGCGAAGCGCACGCCUUUAGGGAGAUUGGGGUGUGAGGCAGAGGUCAGUGCCGCUGUUUGUUUCUUACUGAGCGAAGCUGCAGCGUUCAUAACCGGCCAGGUUUGGCGGGUAGAUGGAGGCUUUGGCCUGAAUACUAAUACACCAAUGUUGGAAAGGUCAGAUCCAAAGUCUCAGGUCGCCUUUAAUGGGUUUCAUCGCAGUGUCCGGCCAUCUGUUACAUUUCAGAGUUGA